GUAAUGAAAAUUUUAUUUUCUUGUUUAAAACCUUUUUCUUUAAAGAAUAAUUUAUCUAAUUUUAACGAACAUUUUAAUUUUGAAUAUUUUUUUGAGUAUACGUACGAGGGGUAAGUAAGCAUUCAAUUAUUGUGUUGUCAACACAAGCGUUCAGUUUAGUCGAGUCAGUUCACGAUGAAGUUCAGUCGAAUAUUUGUUGUGUAAUAAAGUUGAUUAAUUCAUUUAUAUCCAAAUAACAUCAAAAACCAUAAAAAAUGAUGCUCGAAAUUGCUGGUGGCGUCCUUUUCGCCCCAUUUGUAACACUUUUAGUUGUAAUUCUUCUCUUGGCUAGCAUGGGCAAAUCAUUUGGAAUUAGAAAAGCUUAUGUUCAGCUUCUUCUAAAACUCUUUGAGUAUGGACGCGUUAACAUUGAAUCCGCUUAUGAGAAACGAGGCAUAACCACAGUUGCAGAAGAAGAAAUCGAACGAGAACCUGUUAGCCAAAAGCCAGACACACCACCAUCGCCAAGAAAGAAUGGACUUGUUAAAAAACUUAGUGCAAAUGGAAUAAGCAGUUUAAUCAGCAAAGAAUCACUGUUGCUUGUUCCUGAAGGCGGUGACACUGUCAUUCAAAAUGGACAUACAAAUGGAAAAGUUGAACAAACAGAACACAUUGAAACUGUCAACAAUAAUAUCAUCGAAAAUUCCAUUCAAAAGGAAAUUGGUGAUAAAGAUGAUAAACCAUUAGAUUUUAAAAUAGCUGAUUGUCUGGAAUAUGUCAAAUCGGGAAUGGAAGCAAUAAUUGAGGACGAUGUAACAUCAAGAUUUGAAGCAGAAGAACUCAAAAAUUGGAAUCUUUUGACACGAACAAAUCGUCGAUAUGAAUUUAUAUCAUGGAAGUUGACAGUGAUUUGGGUCAUUGGAUUUCUAAUUCGCUACAUCAUUCUAAUGCCAUUGAGAGUCAUCAUUUGUUUUAUUGGGGUUGUAUGGUUUGUGAUUGCAUUCGGACUUUGUGGAUUUGUGCCGAAUCAAAAACUUCGUCGUUGGAUGAAUGAUACGGUGUCGUUAAUUGGUUUCCGCAUCAUUUCUCGAUCACUAUCUGCUGUCAUCACUUUUUAUAACGAGGAAUAUAAACCAAAGAAUUGCGGAUUCUGCGUAGCUAAUCACACAUCGCCAAUUGACGUGUGCGUGCUAGCAUCUGACUGCACAUAUUCACUGGUUUAUUGGCUUACGUUCUGUACAGCUUUGGUCGGUUGUAUACCUGAUUGCGACUCUAAACGAAGGAUUAUUCGUAUGACGCUUAUCCAUUGCUUUGAUUUUCUAUCGAAUGCAAUCUCAGCGGUUGUUUAUUAUCACAAUCCUGAGAAUCGUCCAGUCAAUGGAAUUUGCGUUGCCAAUCACACAUCACCGAUUGACGCACUAGUUCUAAUGUGCGAUAAUAAUUAUUCCUUGAUUGGACAACGACAUGGAGGCUUUCUUGGUGUACUUCAAAGAGCGUUAGCUCGUGCAUCACCUCACAUUUGGUUCGAGAGAGCUGAGGCUAAAGAUCGGUCAACUGUUGCUGCCAGAUACGAUGCACGAUUUGGUGAUGCAUUCUGGAAUAGCUCACGAUACUCAAUGAUGCAAUAUUUGUACAUGAUGAUGACAAGUUGGGCGAUUGUUUGCGAUGUUUGGUAUCUUCCACCAAUGUAUCGUGAAGAAGGCGAAUCAGCAAUUGAUUUCGCAAAUCGUGUGAAAAGUGUGAUAGCAAAGCAAGGCGGUCUUGUUGAUCUCGUUUGGGAUGGUCAACUAAAACGUAUGAAGCCAAAGAAAGAAUGGAAAGAGAAACAGCAGGAAGAGUUUACGAAACGUCUCAAAGGAGAUUAAUAUAACUCGUUAAAAAGUUGCAAAUAGAUGAAUAAGAAGAAAUAAUUGGGUUAAAAAAAUACAAUCAAAGACAGUUAUGUAAAUUUAAUGAGUGAAACUUUGGCUCCAUUUUCGAUUAAAUUAACGACCAAUGAAACUGUUGCAUGCGUUGAUAACUUUGGGAAAUUGAGAAAUUUAAGUCGUUUCAAUUUUCCAUCGUUCUCCAUGAGUUGAGUCAUUCCUCUUAUCAAAAUUAUCACAUUUCAACUCUUAUUUCAUGUACAUAUUUAAUCAAAAAGAAAACACUGAUGAAUACCUCUUAUUCCAUUUAUUGCUCUUGCAUUAAUUGGUUGAAAACCAGGAAAAAAAAUUUUCUAUUAAAUCUACGAAAUCGCUUAAGAAGACUGAUGAAAACUAAAAAUCACGAUUAUUUAGAUAUUUUUCUCCUCCGAGUACAUCACAAGCUAGAGUGUUUUAAAAAGAAAUGAAUUUCGUAAAUGGAGCCAAUUUUUAUUUAUUCUUCCUCUUCCCUUCAUACUUCAUCUUUUUUUGUUACUUAACUAUAGUAUUUGAUCAACUUACUUAAGCUUAUGAAACUUUCUAUUGCAUCAGCUUACGUUAGACUCUCACGGUGAGAGUCUUUGAUCGAACCCUAAGCUUAAUUGUUUCAAUUUUCUUUUUCUGAAACUUUUCAUUUUCUUGUAACUAGAAAUUUGGCUUGAACAUCUUUGAAAAUUAUGUUCUAAAUCAAAUUUAUGUUCUACAUCAGUAAUCAGUUGCUACUACUUAAAUAUUGUACAUUUAUUCGUUUCAUAAUUGUAAUACGUUUGGUAACUUAAAUUCUUUCCAUUAUUUCCAUGAAGCUUUGUUGUUCUUUUCCAAUCGUUCGAUUAAAAUUAAGGCUUUCUUUUUGUUGAAUAAUUUUAAGAUAACUAUUUGAUGAAAGCUUUUCACUUUCUUCAAUCCUGUGAGCUUAUUUAUUUAAUGCUUGUUUUCAAAUUAUGUUAGUCCAGUGACAAACAACAAAUCCUAAGGAAGAGUGUUCUAAAAAAGUGACAAGAAUUGUGUUGCUAUGCUACAUAUUUAUGUAAAUGUUGAAUGAACGUUGAAGUGAUAAAUAACAUACUAAAAGAAUAUAUUUUUUUGUCGAAUAGUUUGCAUCAUCCAACUGCAUUUAAUUAUUUGUAGCUUCACAUUUUGUCCAAAAAAAAACAAUGAAUUAAGAAUAAAGAAGCGUAUUGACGAAUCAACAGAAA